ACAGCAGCCUCUAUGCAUCGCCGAAACUGCUACGAGAUCCAAAGUCUGCGGUCACACUGGAUACACUAAAUGAAAUGUUUGGUGAAGGGUGGAGACCGCGAUGCCCCGAGUUGAAUGAGUUUGAAACGUUUUGCAAGACUGAAUGGGGUACAGUUCCGGUAAGUCAUUUUUUAACAAGAUGGUCAACGUUUUCCUUUUUUUUCCCUUUAGACUGAAGGCAUGGGACCGGUCAAGUUUGAGAGCGCGUCGGAUCUGUUUAACAACAGUCUGACUGCGCUUAUUUGGGUUGCGGCAUCAAAAGAUGUGCUACCCAAGAAUUGCAUUCGACAUGCUGUCCAUACGAGAGAUGGUUCAAGUACCUAUGUUGCGCGUGCUUUCUACCAGGGCGGUCUUCAUCCGGGCAAAGGUAUCGACACGCAGUGUUGGAUCUCCUAUGAUGGCAAGGAAAUCUGGAAGGAAAACAACUUCGAGCUUCUCACUGGUCACAGCGCUGCUGUGAAGUGGGUGCAUGUGAGAGGAGCUUUCGACCCUGUUCUUUUGGGCGACAGUGUUCCAGUGCAAGCGGGAUAUGAAGCAAAUGGAGAACAUCUUUACGUUGCCCAGGCCCAUUUCGGAAAGGGUGUCUCGUGGCAAUGUGGCAAGGUCAAAUUGGGCUCGCCUGCGAUGAUCCCGUGCUUCGGAAAAGAGCAUCUGUUUCAAGAGUAUCUCGUGAUGGUGUACGGUUGAUGUACCUAUGAGAUCCUGGCAAUUGGAAUCGUGGUCUACGCUGGCGGAAGCCAUACAUGUAGCUCUGUAUCUCAGCCAAUUCUAUCGCGUAGUACAGUUACGAGCAUAGGUUGACUGUAAGGAAUGCCGUUGGUCUGUCC